GCAUUUUCCUGGAGCUCCUAGAGCCAUACAUCCUCACAGACCACCUCAGCACGCUCCCUCCUGAGGUGAUGCAAGCGCUAGUGGAGCAUUACAGUGAGAGGGGGUGGCUGUCACGCGUGCAGCAGUGUGUGCUGCACAUGGAUAUCGCCUCGCUCGAUAUCAACCAGGUGGUGCGCCUGCUCCGUCAACACCCUUCUCUCCCAUGCACACACCCUUCCAUGCCUUUUUUUCCCUUUCUCUCCGCCUUUCCUCCCAGGUGCUACCGCCUGCUGCUCUUCCUCAAGCUCACCUUCUCCAGCCUCAACUUCCCUCCAGUCUCGUACUGUCUCUUAGUCCCUUGUACCCCAAUCUUGCAACGGGAGGAGAGAUGGACUUGUCCAGAUGUCCCUCUGGACAAGUCCAUCUCUCCUCCCAUUGCCCAUCCUCACAGGCAGUGGCACCAUCGCCCCAUCCCUCCUGCCGUCAGCCCAAGCCAAACUCUUCAACUUCCUCCUCAAACCCCACCGCCCUUGUUGCUCUCUGUCUGUAUCACCCCCCACCUCCCCCCCUCCCCUUCCCUCCCAUUACCCACCCUCACAGGCAGUGGCGCAAUCUCCCCGUCUCUCCUACCCUCAGCCCAAGCCGAACUCCUUAACUUCCUCCUGAAACCCCACCGCCCACCCCACCACCGCUCUGCCUCUCUCUCCCCCUCCUCCCACGCCCUCCUCUGCUCGCCCCUCGCUCGCCUUCUUUCCUUCGAUCCCCGCGCCACACUUUCUGUGCUGCGCGUGAUUCUCCGCUCUGUGUCCAUACUGGAUCAGCCACAAACGAGUACAGAGCAGCCCAUAACGAGCGAGGAUUCGACGCUGGUGAAUGGUAGGGGUGCGGGUGCAGCUUAUAACGAGGAUGCUACUGUAGAUCCAGCCGCUGGUGGUAGACUUGUUUAUACUUUACUAGAAAUAGUUCGCUCCUGGUGCGAGGCUGCGGAUGCAAUAAGGAGUAACGAGGACUCCAAUAAGGGAGGAAACGACACUGUAGCUGUAGGUUCGGAUGCAGGCUCGGAACAUGGCUCGGAUGUAGGUCUGGGACUAGGCUUGGGCUUAGACAGGCUCGGGGAUGCAGCAGGCAGGGUGCUCGAGCUCGUGGCAGAGGCGGCAGCAGCGGGGAAAGUGGAGCUAGACCGAACCUCCCUUAACACAAUCUUUGUGUAUCUUACAUCUGCGACUGUCACCUUUGAUCUGCACGCCCUGCCCACUGCCUCUGCCACUGAUGGUGCUGAUGCUGAUGCUGGUGCUGGUGCUGAUGCUGGUGCUGGUACUCCUGCUGUGAGUAAGGGAGCUCUGUCCGCUGCUUCUCUAGGCUCCUCUAUCCCAAAGCUCAAGGAGACUGUACAGAAGAAACGUUCCUCCUCCUCCACCUUGUCACCCGCCUCUUGCACUGCGCUCGCUCUCCCUUCCCCCUCUGUGAGACGGGCUCAGAGGGAGGAGCGGAUGGAGGCGCUGGUGAUGGCUCUGCCCGGCUCCUGUGGACAGCAGCCGGAGGGAGGAGCGGAUGGAGGGGCUGGUGAUGGCUCUGCCGGACUCCUGCGGUGUGGACUUCAAUGCUCUCCUGCCCUUGGCGCUGCAAGCAGGAUUUCAUCAGGUGAGCUGGCUGCUGGGCUGUACUGUGAUGGGCAUGGGGAUAGGAUAGGAGCCGGAGGCAGGAGAGGGGACGGAGGGGCUGGUGAUGGCUCUGUCGGACUCCUGUGGGGUGGACUUCAACGCCCUGCUGCCCUUGGUGCUAAACUCGGGUUUUCACCAGGUGAGUUGGCCGUUGCUCUGUGCUGUGAUCGGCAAGGAAACUGGAUACCGAUUGUUCCUAUUAUCUUACUCCAACUCUCCUUCUCCCUCCCCGCCACCUCCCUUCCCAACCAGGUGUGUGCGCGUCUAUUCAUGCGAACACACGGCAUGCUCGGCAUACACCAAGCGCUCUCCUCCCUCCUCACAGGAGUCUGUGAGGAGGGAGGAGAGCGCUUGGUGUAUGCCGAGCAUGCCGUGUGUUCGCAUGAAUAG